AUGAGCAAUACUCCGGGUGAAAUCAUUUUGACCCCGCCACGAUGGAGUGUGAUUGGGUUCACGUUUUCGAAACCACACUUGAGCGCCGAGUUUGUGGUCAUGAGCAACCGGUUGCGCUACGUCAUUCACGCAACAGAUGCUUCCUUGGCCAAAUCACCAGAGUUGCGAGAACAAUUUCGCUUUUUCCUCGACGUGGCCGAAAAUACCCAAGUCGAGGGCCAUACAGUCGACGACUUCUACGAAUGGGCGCUUGAACCUUUGAUCCCCCUGCUAUGCGAAGACGCGAGACUGACGCCCACACCAAGAAGAAGAGCACCCAACUUGCACGAUUUUCUGUACGCUCCAGUACUGGAGUAUACGCUAGGCUGCGGGUCGGAAGAGUUGGUACUAGUCCCCAAGAUGGAGAGUCCAGAGACGCAAUUCAUGUUUGGCGCUUUCCUGCCCGAAUCAUGUAAUGCAUGGCCAUGCUACCUUCCAUUCGAUAUUCAACUUGAAAGGGGAACCGGUGAAUCUGCUGUUCCGCGCAAGGUCAUGUUGCCCGACGGGAUGCCCGCUUUCUUCAAGCUCAUGCGGCGUGGAGAGGAGGCCAUCCUGGAGCGGGAGCUUGCAUUAUACGAUAAGCUCCGUGCCUCGCAGCUCCCGGGCUCAGUUCGCGUGGCUCGUCUUCUCGGGCUAGUUUGCAACGGCCAUAAUCUCAGAUCCGUGUUUGGUCUGCUGCUUACAUACAUUGAUCUCCGAACCACAUCUCUGACCCGUGCAGUCGAGUCUGGUGCCCAAGUGCGUCUCAGGCGCCGAUGGUCGGAGCAAGUCAUGCGAAUCGUGCACAACUUGCACCAGAGAAGGCUCGUCUGGGGCGGCGCCAGCCCAGAAAAUGUCAUUAUUGAUGCGAGCAACAAUGCUUGGCUCGUUGGUCUCGGAGGCGGAGGUUCGGGAGACUGGGUUCCGCAGGAACUCGUCGGCACCAUAGACGGCGAUCUUGUGGCCCUGAAGAAGAUUGUCGACUUUACUGAGGGAGGAUUGUCGAUUUCUUACAGCUGA